CAACGUGCGCGGAAGCGGAUCGAUGUGAUAAAUAUUGCAUUGGCUCCGGGGAAGGUACCCGCCGCGUUAACACCCUCGGAAUAUGCAGGAGGUGGGAGAGGCCGGGCGCGCCCCCGCCGAAAUCGGGAGCGCGCUCCGACUCCCUCGCCGACCUGCAGCCUGCCGAAAGGUGGGGGUAGGAAGAAAAAUCGCCGGGCGUCGGGACUCGGGGGCGGGGGACCCCCUAAACUUCCCCGGGCCCCCCAAAUGGCUCUUGCCCCUCGGGCGCGGCGGGAGGGGGGCGGCGGCAAGAGAUGCAGAGAGGGGGUCGCCGCCUGCUCCUGCACUUUGCAACUCUGAGGCUAGAGUUAGGGGUGGGAGUGUCCCCUGCAGCCGCCCCUCCCGCCCCGCUCAGCUCUCGCGGAGUCGAAGCCGUCAAGGAGACAGGAUGGCACCCAUGCGGGGCCUGUGGCUGGCCUGGGCGCUGCUGGGGGCGGCCCGGGGGUGCCCGGAGCCGUGCGCCUGCGUGGACAAGUACGCUCACCAGUUCGCCGACUGCGCCUACAAGGACCUGCAGACGGUGCCGUCGGGGCUGCCCGCCAACGUGACCACCCUGAGCCUGUCGGCCAACAAGAUCUCGGCCCUGCCGCGCAGCGCCUUUGCCGAGGUGCCCCAGGUCACCUCCCUGUGGCUGGCGCACAACGAGAUCGGCGACAUCGAGCCGGGGGCCCUGGCCGUCCUGAGCCAGCUGAAGAACCUGGACGUGAGCCACAACCAGAUCGUGGACUUCCCCUGGGGCGACCUGCACAACCUUAGCGCCCUGCAGCUGCUGAAGAUGAACAACAACCGGCUGGCGGCCCUGCCGCGGGACGCCUUCCUCGCCCUGCGGGACCUGCGCUCCCUCCGCAUCAACAACAACCACUUCAGCAGCAUCCCCGAAGGCACGUUCGACGCGCUGACCUCGCUGUCCCACCUGCAGAUCUACAACAACCCGUUCGACUGCUCCUGCCGCCUCCUCUGGCUGAAGGCCUGGGCGGAGCGCACGCUCAUCUCCAUCCCCGAGCGCGACUCCAUCGCCUGCGCCUCGCCGCCCUCGCUGCAGGGGCUGCCCCUGGCACGGCUGCCCGAGCUGCGCUGCUCGCCCCCGGGGGUGCGGCUCACCUCGCAGCCCGACCUGGCCCGCGCCGAGCUGCAGGACGGCUGGGCCCUGGCGCUGCACUGCGCCGCCAGCGGGCACCCGCCGCCCCGGCUCCAGUGGCGGGUGCAGACGGCCGGAGGCGCCGUCCUCCUCGAGGGGCCCGACGGGGACGCCAAGGACCCGCCCGGCGAGCCCCGCUUCCUGGCCCUGGCCAACGGCACCCUGCUCAUCCCGCGCCUCAGCAAGAAGGAGGAGGGGACCUACACCUGCCGGGCGGCCAACGAGUUGGGCAGCAACGAGUCAUCCGUCACCGUGGCCGUGGCCGGGGCGCAAAAGUACCCGGCCGACCCUCUCGGGGAGCCCCCGGGAGCAGCGGGCAAGGGGCCGGGAGGGGAGCGGAAAGCGGCGGGCCGGGGCUACGGGAACAGCGUCCUGACCAGCAAAGACGAGGAGCGGACCAAGAUGCCGGGCUCGGGGCCGGGCCGGGGCCCGGGCGCGGACCCGGCGGGGCGAGGCCCGGCCGCGGGGGAGGGCGCCGAGGGUGGAGAGGACCCGCUCCGGCAGCUCCCCUUCGAGCCCCGCUGCGGCCGCGGCGAGCCCACCCUCUACGUGUCCAACCACGCCUUCAACCGGAGCGCCGACCUGAAGCCCCACACCUUCGACCUGGGGGUCAUCGCCCUCGACGUGGCCGAGCGAGAGGCCAAGGUCCAGCUGACCCCGUUCGCCUCCCGGCCGGACAAGCUGCACCUGCGCGUCCUCUACCUGUGCGCCGAGGGCCGGCGCCGCUCCGUGCUGCAGUGGUCUCGGAUCGAGGACGGGGUGAACUCGUACUGGUUCCGCGGCCUGGCCCCGGGCACCAACUACUCCGUGUGCCUGGCCUACGUCGGGGAGGACUGCCAAGUCCAGGUCGUCUUCACCACCAAGAAGGAGAUCCCCUCGCUGAUCGUCAUCGUGGUGGUCAGCGUGUUCUUGCUGGCUCUGGCCACGGUGCCCCUACUCGGGGCCACCUGCUGCCACCUGCUCUCCAAGUACCACGGGAAAACCUACCGCCUCAUCAUGAAGACCCAGAACCCCGACCAGAUGGAGAAGCACAUCGCCGCCGACUUCGACCCCCGCGCGUCCUACCUGGAGUCGGAGAAGAACUUCGGGCCCGGGGAGGCCGGGGCCGGGACCGGGACCGGGACCGGACCCGGGGUCGAGGAGGAGGAGGAGGAGGAGGAAGAGGGGGAGGAGGAGGAGGGGAACGGAGGGCUGGAGCGGGACGAGAGCCUGGUGGCCGGCUCCCUCCCCGAGUCCCAGCUCAAGGCUAAUCAGGAGGAGUUCGAGGCGAGUUCCGAGUACAGCGACCGGCUCCCGCUGGGAGCCGAGGCGGUCAACAUCGCCCAGGAAAUCAACGGCAACUAUCGGCAGACGCCGCGCUGACCCCCUCCCUCGCGGCCCUGUCCUGCCCUCCCCUUCCACCCUCCCUCCCAGCCUCGGAUUCCGGUACCAAAAUCUCAACGCUGAAAAGGAAGAAGAAAAAGUGUUACAAAAAUAACCCACUCCCAAAUGAUCAUAAUAAUUAAAAAAAAAAACACCAAAAAAACCGACCGUCUACGACGGGCCUCAGUCCCUCCGGGACCCGCCCACCGAGACGACAGAAGGAAGGCGCUCCUCGUGGCCCCGGAAUUUCGCCUCCCUUCCCAGCGCUUUUCUAAGCGCUUCGCACAUAGUAAGCGCUCAAUAAAUGCCAUCAUGAUUAUUAUUAUUAUUAUUCCUCCUUCGUCCCCUCUCCCCUCCCCCCGACCCACGGGAGCCUUCAGCGUUCCUGUAAACGGAGCCACAGCCCCCUUUCCCUCCGUUUUCUCCCUUCCCGGCCUCCGAGAACAGUUUUCUCCCUUCCCCACUCCGGUCUCGAGACCAACGAAACCAGGCGGCGACGGAACCGAAUCAAGCAAGCGGCCCGCUGUCUCUAGGACCCGCUUGAACCGCAAACGAAACGAAAGGGGCUCGGGCUGGGGCGGGCUCCAGCUCCCCACGAAUUUCGAUUUUGAUUUCCUAAGGAGAUCAGCGAUACGGUGCUGACAGCCCCUACUCCAGGCUCCUGGGGCGGGGGAGGGUUUUUUUUCUUCCUCCCUUGGCGGAGGGGGGCGGGGUGGGGAUGGGGGUUGAAAGCAGAAAACCCGGAUCUCUCCGGGAGGGCGUGGGUGCUGCCUCGCGUGUUCCGUUGCUAUUGUGUUUGGAUUUUAGGAAUUGGCGGCACUGGACAGCUCUCCCCGCGCUCCCGCAAUCGGAUCGGGGCGCGGGAGAGCGGUGGGACGAGAUGGGGAGGGUUUUACAGGGUCCCCUCGCCCCCUCCGCCCCCCGCUCCUGAAAUCAACUAGAUGUGAAACCGACUAGGUCUCCUGGCCCUAGCCUGCGUCUCGGAAGCUGUGCUGUAGAGGUUUAAGGUGUAUAUUUGUGUGCGUGUGGACUUGACUUCAACCGUGAGUGCUUUAAAUUUUUUCUCCCUGUUUGGCACAAAAUGAAGAGAGAGAGAGAGAGAGAGAGAGGUUAUAGAUCAAGGAAGGAAUCUCUGUUCUUUGUUGACCCUACCCCUCCUCCAGAUGUGUCCCUCACCGAGGACCGUCUUUCCUCAAUGUGUAUCCCUAGAGUAGUAUGCUUUAGAAGGCGUGUGUAAUUCUUGGUGUACAUUGUGGUGUUAACAGGGCGGGUGGGGAGGAGACCCGGGGCCCAGGGGGGUCACACUGCCUCCAACCAAUAUGGACUUGGGACAGCGGACACCUCCGUGAUUUUUCUUCCCUUUCUCCUUGGUUUUAAUUAAAUAUUUGAUUUUUAUUUUGUACUUUUUCAUCGCUGUACAAAGCGCGACCAACCACACACCUCGGCGGAAAGCAGCACAACCCCGGUUUCCGGGAAUUCUCCCUGGGAGAGAGUCAAACUCAGAACUAUCGCCGAGAAGAACCAAAACUGACGAUACCACCUUUUUUUAAACGCAUCUGUAUGUCAAUAAAAAAAUAGAUGAAAAGA